GGCUGGGCAUUUAAAGGUGCUUGCCAGUUCGCUCUUCUACGCUAACGCGUGCAGCUCCCUGGUUUCCUGGCCGGCUCUCUGGGAUCCUCGUGACCGCGCCAGCAUGUCUCAGGCUGAGUUUGACAAAGCUGCUGAGGAAGUUAAGCGCCUCAAGACACAGCCAUCAGACGCUGAGAUGCUGUUCAUCUACAGCCACUUCAAACAAGCCACCGUGGGCGACAUAAAUACAGAGCGGCCAGGGAUGUUGGACCUCAAAGGCAAGGCCAAGUGGGAUGCCUGGAACCAGCUGAAAGGGACAUCCAAGGAAAAUGCCAUGAAAGCUUACAUCGACAAAGUAGAAGAGCUAAAGGGGAAAUAUGGAAUCUAAGAGACUGGAUUUGGUUGUCAGCCACACACUUAAUCUAAAAUAAUGCAUAAUGCCUUGUUUUUUUCUAAUACUGUGGAUGAUGUGGCUCUUAACAGAUUAAGGACAGAAUUAGUUACUGGCUCUCCCUUAGUAGUUUUUAUCUGAAAUCAAUUAAAAGUACAUUUGUUACUUU